UUUCUAAAACUGUCAGACUGACCGGGUGGAGAAUGCAGCGGACAAGUGCACGGUUUCUGUCACCAUUUCUUUUCUGUAAAAAGACGAAUGUUUUUUUAAACGUCCAGUAAUACGUGGAUUCGUUUGAUGAUGGAAAUGAAAGGAAAAGUGAAGCAAGUUUAAUCGCAUCAUUGAACGGAGAAGAGAGAGUUUCUUCCGGACUAUUUCGGUUUUCAACGCGGGAUUUUGUUGUGGAUACCCAGCCCGGUUCAACCUUGUGCCGCCAAUGACAAGUUCAGCACCGCGUAACGUCCAUCUCACUUUCACACGACCACCAUGGGGCUUUGGGAAUCUAUGAAGUGGAUAAAUAUAUCGUUUCCUUUCAUCAUCCGUGUCCUUCAGCAUCAGAGUCCGUUGGAGCCGGUUUAACCUGUACUCACUCAAUUAAAAUAGUUUAAAACGGCUUUGCUAAAAUAUUCUUCUUGGACUCAAAACAACUUUAAAACCUGAAAUCAAAGAUGACAUCAGAGGUCAGCCAACUAUCCUUAAGUGAGCUUCCCAUGGACAACUGGAUGGCCCAUCUGCCCAGUGCACUGUGGGAUACCCCUCUCUGUUACAUGGCCAUACCAGGGAGCCACAAUGCCAUAACCUACUGUCUGGAUAAGAACGACCGUUCUCCGGUGGACCUCACUCAACCGGAUAUGCUGCAAAAGCUGGACAAGUACAUGAAGCCCAUCAUAAGGCCAUUUGUUUACAAGUGGGCAAUAGCACAGGAGUCUAGCAUUAGGGAGCAGUUGGAUUCUGGAGUGCGAUACUGUGACCUGAGGAUAGCACAUCGGCCUAAUGACAGCUCAAAUGAUCUCUACUUCUACCAUGGUGUUUAUACCACUAUAACUGUGGAGAUGGUUUUAAAAGAGAUCAGAGAGUGGUUGGAUGUUCAUCCAAAGGAAUUAGUGAUACUCUCAUUUAGCCACUUCCUGGGCCUUAGUCAGGAGCUUCACACACUGCUCGUCUCAACUAUAAAGAGUGUUUUUGAUUCCAAACUGUGCCCCAAAAUGGAGUGUGUGACACUACGGAAAUUAUGGAGCCAGGGUCAUCAAGUUAUCAUUUCAUAUGAGCACAAUAUUGCCAACUGCCACAGAGAAUUGUGGUCCCAUAUACCUUACUGGUGGGCAAACAAGUGCAAGGCUGAAGCACUGAUCGAGGAAUUUGAACAUAGGAAGCAAUACGGUCGACCAGGUGGCUUCUUUGUGACUGGAAUCAAUCUUACUGAAGAUCUGAAGUACAUAUGCUCCCAUCCCACAGAAUCACUGAAGGAUAUGGUUAUGUCUACAUAUCCCACGUUACUUAGCUGGGUCAAGCAACAGAAGCCUGGCUCUAACACCGGCUCCCUCAACAUCAUAGCCGGGGACUUUGUGACAGAGAGCCAAUUCAUACCAACCGUCAUUGCACUGAAUGAAAAUCUUCUCAAGAGGACCAUAAUACCAGAGCCUUGAACCUCUUUUAGCUGCAUAAUGUAUUUAACAUUUGAAGAAAGAAGUGUUUUCUUGUUCUUGUGAUGGUUUUUUAUACUAGUCAACUUUGCACUUUUUGUAAGGUUGCUUACACACUACGCUGCGUCAGCGCCAUUCUUUUCAGUAGGGACUUUGGUGCAUUGCAAGAAAAAACACAAGGGUUUGUGAAACCAAUGCACCACCAUGCAACCAAAAGCACUUACCAUACCCUCAAAAUGGAUCACUCGCACUUUCCUGUCCGCCAAAUGCUCCGACAAAGCGGUUUCUAGUGUGUAAGCACCCUUAGGAUGAUAGAUCAAUUUGAGUUAUCGGUAGAAUAUUGUAAUGCACUGACUUUUAUGACUUGAACUUAUUGUCUUAAGCUUAUUUAUGCAGUCUCUGAUAUAUACCUCUGAUUUUGCAAAAAUGUCGAUCAUUUCUUAAGAACCUGGUUCCAAACGGAUGUCACUACUAAGGUCCAGGUUGUAACCACUUUAUCUACAGCACAACUUCAGACGUAAGCACAUCACAGGACACAGUAAGUUCCCUGUGAGCAUCAGAGUUUGCAUGUGAAUUGCUGAGGUCUACUCGGUGCAAGCCUGCAUAAACAUAAGAUUAUCAAACACUCAGGAUUGUUAAUUCUCAAUGAUAUACUCCUUUCAGAUUUCUACUGUGUGGAAUGACUAUGGAAAUACGAUUCCAAUAAAUACAUGUCUGCAUGGUGCACAAUCAAAAAGCAUGAAAAGAGAUUGAAAUAUUUCUGUCUUUGCACAUGUUCUCUGCCAUAGUAGCAUGCAUUUUAAACCAGUUUAAUCAAGAUAUUAGUUUGCAUCAAAAACAAAUAUCAACAGUGGAAUUGACUAUCAAAUACUCUGAUUUAUUAUCUGAAGGUUUUCAAUAAAUUAAACAUAAAACAA